GUCCGGCUCGACUUCAUGGCGGAGCGCGGGGGUCCCGGCGGCGGGGGGCAGCGCGCCCCCGCCCCGCAGCCCGCGGCGGCCGCGCUCCCCCAGCAGUCUCCCUCGGGGCAGCCCCCGGCCCAGGCCCCGGGCGCGGCGCCCCUGCCCCCCAAGCCGGGCUCCGGGCCCCUCACCCCUGGCGGGGCGGCCCCGGGCGGGCCGGCGGGGCGCCCGGUGCAGAUGAACCUGUACGCGACCUGGGAGGUGGAUCGGAGCUCGCCCAGCUGCGUGCCCAGGUUGUUCAGCUUGACCCUGAAGAAGCUUAUCAUGUUGAAGGAGAUGGACAAGGACCUAAACUCGGUGGUGAUCGCUGUGAAGCUUCAGGGCUCAAAGAGAAUCCUGAGAUCCAAUGAGAUUGUCCUGCCGGUCAGCGGACUUGUAGAAACAGAGCUUCAGCUGACCUUCUCGCUACAGUAUCCCCACUUCCUGAAGCGAGAUGCCAACAAACUGCAGAUCAUGCUGCAGAGAAGGAAGAGAUACAAAAACCGGACCAUCCUGGGCUACAAGACUCUGGCUGUUGGGCUUAUCAACAUGGCUGAGGUCAUGCAGCACCCCAGCGAAGGAGCUCUGGUGCUUGGACUCCACAGUAACGUGAAGGACGUAUCUGUGCCCGUUGCUGAGAUUAAAAUCUACUCUCUGUCCAGCCAGCCAAUCGACCACGAAGGGCUCAAGUCGAAACUGUCCGAUCGGUCCCCCGACAUCGACAACUACUCGGAAGAGGAGGAGGAGAGCUUCUCCUCGGAGCAGGAGGGCAGCGAUGAUCCCCUACAUGGACAGGACUUGUUUUACGAAGACGAGGAUCUCCGGAAGGUGAAGAAAACGAGGAGGAAACUGGCCUCGGCCUCAGCGAUCACUCGGCAGCCAAAUAUAAAGCAGAAGUUUGUGGCGUUACUGAAGAGGUUCAAGGUGUCGGACGAGGUUGGCUUUGGCCUGGAGCACGUCUCCAGGGAGCAGAUCCGAGAGGUGGAGGAGGACCUGGACGAGCUGUACGACAGCCUGGAGAUGUACAACCCCAGCGACAGCGGCCCGGAGAUGGAGGAGACGGAGAGCAUCCUCAGCACGCCCAAGCCCAAGCUCAAGCCGUUCUUCGAGGGAAUGUCUCAGUCCAGCUCCCAGACAGAAAUUGGAAGCCUUAACAGCAAGGGGAGCCUGGGCAAAGAUGCCACCAGCCCGAUGGACCCAGCCGUCGGGGACAAGUUGAAACCUUCGUGGAGUAAAAACCUGGACGACAGCCUCAGCGAAAUAGACACCCUGGAAGCGAGUGAGCAGGACACAUUCGGAGACUCCAGCACCACGUUAAUCAUCCCCGAAAAAGUCAAGACACCCAUGAAGAGCAGCAAGGGGGAGCAUCAGAGCAUGGCAUCACCCAGCAAAAUGGAAGGUGCAGCGCACACGCCGCGGCAGAAGAGAAGCACUCCGCUGAAGGAGAGACAGUUCUCCAAGCCCCUGAGCGAACGGACCAACAGCUCGGACAGCGAGAGGUCCCCGGACCUGGGCCAUAGCACACAGAUUCCUCGCAAGAUCGUCUAUGACCAGCUGAACCAGAUCCUGGUGUCAGACACGGCCCUGCCCGAGAAUAUCAUCCUGGUGAAUGCGGCCGAUUGGCAAGGCCAGUAUGUGGCCGAGCUGCUUCGGGACCAGAAGAAGCCAGUCGUGUGCACAUGCUCCACCGUGGAAGUACAGGCCGUCCUGUCCGCUGUCCUCACCAGGAUCCAGAGAUACUGCAACUGCAACUCCUCUGUGCCGCGGCCCGUGAAGGUGGUGGCUGUCGGGGGGCAGAGUUACCUCAGUGCCAUCCUCCGUUUCUUUGUGAAGCAGCUGGCGAACAAGACCCCAGACUGGCUUAGCUACAUGCGGUUUCUCAUCGUCCCGCUGGGCUCCCACCCUGUAGCCAAGUACCUGGGCUCGGUGGACAGCAGGUACAGCUGCACGUUCCUGGACUCCGCCUGGAGGGAGCUGUUCGGCAGGGCCGAGCCCCCCGGGACAGAGCCGUUCGAUGUGGUGGGCCGCAUCGUGCAGUAUGUGGGUGGAGCCAGCAUGACCCACCAGCUGCCUGUGGCCGAGGCCAUGCUGACUUGCAAGCAUAAGUUCCCGGACGAAGACUCCUAUCAGAAGUUCAUUCCUUUCAUCGGGGUGGUUAAAGUGGGCCUCAUCGAAGAUUCCCCUGCAGCCACAGGAGAUGGAGACGAUGUGCCUGUGGUCAGCCUGACGGUUCCCUCCACGUCCCCCCCCUCUUCCUCCGGCCUAGUGAAGGACGUCUGUGCCACCCCCCCAUCCUCGCCCUCCAUGAGCAGUGGGCUCGCUGUCGUGGGGUCUCCCAGCAGCCCCUACGGAGACGUCAUUGGCCUGCAGGUGGACUACUGGCUCGCCCAUCCCACGGAGCGCCGGAAGGAGGGCGAGAAGCGAGAUGCCAGCUCCAAGAACACCCUCAAGAGUGUCUUCCGCUCGGUGCAGGUGUCGCGGCUGCCCAGCGGCGGGGAGAGCCAGCCCUCGGGGACCAUGGCCAUGACAGUCGUCACCAAAGAGAAGAACAAGAAAGUCCCCACCAUCUUUCUGAGUAAGAAACCCAAAGAAAAGGAAGUGGAUUCCAAGAGCCAGGUGAUUGAGGGCAUCAGCCGGCUAAUCUGCUCUGCCAAGCAGCAGCAAACCAUGAUGAAAGUGUCCAUCGACGGGGUGGAGUGGAGCGACAUCAAGUUUUUCCAGCUGGCCGCGCAGUGGCCCACACACGUCAAGCACUUCCCUGUCGGACUCUUUGGCUCGAAGCCGGCGUGACAGCGCCCGCCCUGCUGCCGGGCAGCGCCCACCUGCCAGGCUGAACCCUCAGCCAGCGGGAAGCCUCUUCGGCUACAUCCCACCCUCCUUGCGUAACUGUGUUGGUAUGUUCUGCACUGGGAGGGCUGGAGGAGGGAGCACUCCAGUGCCAACCUGUCAUCCCCCCCAUCACCAGCUUUGUCUCCAGCUGCCACCGACCGUUUCCUUGUGCGUGCAUGUGUGCGUGUGUGUGUGUCUGGGCAGGCACAUGCACCGCAUUGGGUCCCCAUGCCCAGUGGGGAGGGACCCCAGCCCUCCCGAGACACACCCCCACCUCCAGCCCGGAGCACCCGGGGCUCACUGACCAGCCAAGCCCCAGGGAGUGCUUAGUGUGUGAGAAGACUCUGGCCUGGCACAGCUGGCCAGCGGCUCUGCCCUCGCCUGUGGCCAACACACCCUAACCCCCUUCUGUAGCCCUUCUCCAAAAGCACAAGCAGCCAGGCCACAGGCUGGGUCCCCGCUGCCAUCUGCCCUGGCAUAGCAUGUGGGCCCUUCCAGCACAGCCUCCUGUAGGCAGUGGGCACUCGCUGAUGCCCAGGGCCACUGCACUCCAGGCAGUGCAGCCCCUGCUGUUGGCAAGCGGAGGAGAGCCCUGGUGUGUGAUGCUGCAGCUGUUCUAGCACUGAUGGCUUUGUGUCUAGCUGGAAGAUGAGCCCAUGAGGGGAGCCCCCUGCUGGUGAAGCCAGAGAUGGGGGCAGUGGGGUUUGGAGGUGGGAGAGGGGUAUCUGCCUUGCCUGGCCUGGGGCAGGGGCGUGCUCUGACCUCCAGCUGUGUGUAACCAUCCCCUGGGCACUCGCGUUUGUCUCUAUCCUAAAUGUUUGCCAAGACCUAGUUGCUUAAAUUUAUCCCUGCCCCACUGCCGCCCCUCCCCCGUCUGUCACCUUUGCCACAUCGCGCUGCCUAGCCAGGCACCACAGGACAGCAAACCCAUAUGCCAGGCUUGGCUUUCCCACUGCCCUUCCCCCCCCCCCCCCCCACGCUCAGCUGCUGGCUGAACUCAGCUCUGCCCUGCCCUACGCUGCCAGCGGCUGCUCAGAGCUGCCAUGCUUCAGCUGGGGUCUCUUUCCUCAAAGCCAGCAACCCGAACGUAGUGUGCUCCAAACGGGCCAGCUCUGAACACAGAGUAGGAUGGAUCAAUAGGGAUCAGGUCAGUGGGGUUGGCCCCAUGUAUUACAGCUCUGAGCAUGGCAGAUGGAGAUCCUGUGUGUAGUGGGGGUGGAGGGGGGGUAUAUUCCCCGGAUGGGCUUUUAAGAGUGAAGCAGCAGGCAGCUGGGUCCCAGUCCCAGCCUGAGCCCCUCACAGCACUGAGUCCCCGACCCUGUUCUUUAGCACCCAGGUGUGGCAGGAGCUAGGAAGCAGCAUCUGGCCAUCCCAAGCCAGUUUCACUCCUGGCUGCACUUCAUCCCUCCUGCUCCAUCUCAAGCCAGCACCUUCAUUACAAACCCCCCUUAAACCAAACCCCAUAGUUGGGCUGCUUCUCCCAUCCCCCCGCUGUUGUCUUUCUGACCCCCCGGCCCCAAGCAGGCAGCAGCCAAGCGGUUGGAUUCUCCCAUGCAGGCUCACUGUGAGCUCCACUCUUUCCUCCCCACACGUCUGGCGGGAAGCCGCAGUCCAUGUAAGUGUGGUCUGGUGGGUCCAGGAAUGUGUCCAAUAAUUCCCAUUGGUCACUGCUGAGUCCUGGGCCAUGUGGAUUCUGCCUGGGUCAUGAGCAGGACGCCCCUGCUCCCAACUCUGAAAGAGCUACAAUUAUCAGGAGGGGGCAGAAAAGUGCCUCCCUGAGCCUUGUUCUGAUGGGCCUGGAGUGCCACUGCCUCAGCCAGUAGGCAUCCACACGCUCGGGGUGUGUGUGUGGGCGGGGGGUGUCUUAAAGAGCCAGUGGGAGCUGCAGUCCAGCCCUCUGGCAUCCCGGCCACCCUGCUUCCCCCAGCACCCAGUCCCGAUCGCUCAGUGCAGCAGGCAGGAGAGAGGGCAUGAGAAUCCAGAUGAUCUCCCCCACCCACCUGGUAGCAAUAAAGCCAGCUGUGUCACCAGCAGCCUGGCAGAGCCUCCACACACACACACGAACACCCACACACAAACACCACACUCCAUGCUGCCUCCAUUGAUUUCCCAUUGUCCUCUGUGCUGGUCUGGCUGGGUGGGGAGGAAGGUCACUGGGUUGUGACAGGUGGCACCCACAGGCCUGCCCGGCUUCCCCAGGCAAGUGAUAGAGCUGGGUAGCGAGUGUCUGUAACAGCGCUUGCCUGCACUGGGCCACUCACCUGGGCGUGGCAAUUCCUUUGAAAGUUGCUCAGGUGGCCUGGGCAAGCUCUGAACAACUGGUGCUUGGGGGGCCAGAAGUCCCGAGCCAAAUCGCCAGCGCAGACCGGUGCCCCACCGUGAGCCCCUGCAGGCCAGCUGUUCCCUGCUGACCAAGUGUGUCCCAGCCAUCUUCUGCUGCAGCCUGGCCCCCCAUUGCAGUUUCUCCCAAGCACAAGGAGCUGCAGCCAGCACUGACCCCGCAGAGGGGUCUCAUGUUUGCUUGGCGUUCUCUGCCUUUUGCAUUCCAGCGUGGCCUGUUCAGUCCUGGUUCUCCCCAGGGCUCCCUGUCCCUCCGUGCUCCGAGCCUUGCAGCUGGCAUCGGGCAGGGGGGGUCAGCAGGCUGGGUGCGGGGUGUCUCCCAGGCCUGCGCACUAGGCUAGGGCUCUGAGGCACUCCAGAGCCCACAGGAGGUUUCAGCAAAGCUCCGGUGUCCCCUCAGGCUGAGCCGGCUGGGGGUAAAGGGACCCAAGGCCCAUGUGAUCCCAACACACAUUUCCACAGCCAGAGUGAUCAGAACAUUCUAGGCCACCCCAAUCUCCAUGAGAGCCGGUGGAGUCCCCAUCUUGGUCUGUGCGCCCACAAAUCACUCCAGAAACUCCCUGCACUCCCCCAGCUGUGUGGGGCCCCAGGGAGCUCUGGCUCCAGGCUGGAGCCACACGAACACCCAGCGGGACUCUGGUCCAGUCCGUAGGAGCCGGAAGGGGCCUGGUCCGGCCCUCAGGGCCUAUGUGGGCUGGGAAUCUCAGUCUGUCCCCCCAGGGCACUGUGUACAUACCCCCCCCCCCCCCGUGUGUAUAGGUGCGUGCCUCUCCCAUUUGGUUUGCGCACUCCGUCCAUGUUGGGAUCAUUGUCCGGGGUUGGGGAGAGACCCCUGUUGUAUUUGACACAUUUUAUGGGGGGAACUGCUGUCCCCCCUUUUUUUGGAGUUUUUUCAUUAAAUAAACUGUGGUUAUUUCUUA